AUGGCACCUGGUAUUCUUUCAGACGAUAUUCCUCUCCGCUCUGGAGCCGCCGACAAUGGCGACAAGAGUUAUCCCAAGCCAUUGAGACAGUCUGGCGCUCUGGAGAGCUUCAAGUAUGAAGAUACCACUCCUGUUAUCGGACGUGAGUUCUUCAACGUCAACAUCGUUGACGACCUCUUGCACGCCGCCAACGCAGACGAGCUCCUUCGAGAUCUCGCUAUCACCAUCUCCGAGCGAGGCGUCGUCUUCUUCCGCGCCCAAGACAACCUGACCAACGACCUGCAGAAAGACUUCGUCCAUCGCCUCGGUCAGCUCACUGGCAAGCCCGCAGACAGCAGCCUCCAUAUCCACCCAGUCUUGAACAAUACCUCUGAGUUUGGCGUUGGCGACGCCCAGAUCAGCACCAUCAGCUCCGAGCAGCGCAAGCAGCUGUUCAAGCACGAGUUGCAAAAGAACAAGCGCCGCUACGACGCCGCUCAAUGGCACAGCGACAUCCAGUUCGAGCCAGUCCCGGCAGACUACACCUCCCUGCGCCUAUCGAAGCUCCCCAAGACAGGGGGCGACACCCUCUGGGCGUCGGGCUACGACAUCUUCGACCGCUUCUCCAAGCCCUAUCAGAAAUUCUUCGAAGGCUUGACCGCGACGUUCUCCGGCGACGGCUUCAUCAAAGCCGCCGAGGCGGAUCCCGAGCGCGUGAAGAUCUACACUGAACCUCGAGGCAGCUCCAAGAACGUUGGAGGUGGACUUACCACAGUGCACCCCAUCGUGCGGACGAACCCCGUGACUGGAUGGAAGACCCUUUUCGCGAUCGGUCCUUUCCCCAAGCAGAUCAACGAGCUGCACCAAGAUGAGUCGGAGAAGUUGUUGGCUUCGUUUAAGAAUGUCAUCUAUGAGAAUCAUGAUAUUACUGUGAGGUUCAAGUGGAGGAAUGAGAAUGAUAUUGCAAUCUGGGACAAUCGCAGCGCUUUCCACACUGCUACUUUCGACUACGAGGGUCUUGGCGAGAGGUUUGGUAACCGAGCCGUGGGCAUUGGCGAGGCACCAUACUUGGACCCGAACAGCACGACCAAGAGCGAGGCGUUGGCAGCGAGACAGUAG